AUCCGUUCGUUUAAGCAGGGGGAGGCCCUAGAUGAUCGAGAGCCGGUUCGACUGGAUGUUCUCGAUGUAGGCCGGCGCGCGCGCGCGCCCCUUGCGGUCCCGGUUCCGCAGCUUCAGCGAGUCCACCUUCUCGUGGCAGGUGCCGACGCGCGACUCGCCGCCGUCCGGCCAGUGCGCGCCCCAGUAGUUCCCGGGGACGACGCCGAGGUGCUUCGGCGUGUGCGACCGCCGGGCCGUGGGAAUGGCGAAGCCGCCGUAGGUCACGCCGUUGAACGGCUUCGCGAAGCGCACGGUCUGGCCCGUGCCCGGGCGGCUGCCGAUCGACGACGAGCGCCCGGUGCCGGGCCGCGACCCCCGGCUCGACACGCGCGAUCUAGGUGUGCGCGACUUCUGGGACAUUUGCGACGGCGGCCGGCUCCUUCCGACAAGUUUGGCCUCGGUCACGGCGGCCAUAUGAUCAAAAAGGGCCUCGCCCUCGAGGCCGCGGGCUUGCGCGAGGAUGAACUCGAGCUUGAGGUUCCGCCGGAUCUCGUCGCGGGACGACUGGGCGGCGCCCAUUCUCUCCAACGGAUCUCUGGGAGCGCCCUCGCCUCGCGGCUCGAGUGGAUCUCUGUGGGAGAGAGCCUCUGCUGGUUUGGGGCUGGGCUGCCCCGUCCCGGCCUGACGUUUUCGCUGUGUCUGGCUGCGUCCGGGUCGUCUCCCUCGAUGCGCCGGGCGGUGCGUCUGGCCUCCCGUGGCCUCGUAUUUGGCUCCCCGCUGCCCCGCGCUGCCCCUCCUUAA